AUGGCUGCAGCCGCCAAAUUCUAUGAAACGGUACAGCCAGAAUGGCCUUCUCCACGAGUAUCAGUUCUUGUGCAAUACACUGCCACAAUCCUCGAAGACGACUGCUUCGAGGAGUACUAUCCUCGCUUUAAACACGAGGCGAAGGGUCUACUGGACGACGUCGUCAACCUAUGCAGAAGUCGACGCAAGCCAGAUAUUACGAAGCUAGCAAGGGUCUGCGAUGACGCUCAAAUACGUCUCGAGUCAUUGUUGGAGCCGCUCGGUACCGAUUUACGCAAAGAUUUCCAAGCAGACUAUGCUACUGCAGUGGCCGAGGACGCAAGCACUGAAGGGUGGAGCCCUUUAAGCCUGUUCAGCAAGAGUUCGCGAAAAGAGCUCGGAGGGAAGUUUAAGAAUGUUCGAACUAUUCAUUGCGCAAAAGGAUCACUUGAUGACGAAAGUGAUUGGGAGAAUAGCUUCGCCGACUACUACGCGCUUGACCCGGUGUUUCUCGUCCUUUGGCAGUCGAUGCUCCUAAGAUCCGUCAAGGUGCACUUGAAUCCGCGUAUAUACGGAUAUUCCAAGACGUCGGGGAAAUGGAUGCAGCUGUCCUUUCGACAGACCAUUCAGAAUGUCGGCGCUGGCCCGUUCUACAUUCUCUGCGACAGACAAUUGCCGAUCACCUUCGGCGGUCAGCUAUACGGCAACAUUUUUCAGCAACAGAAUGGACAAUCUCAAUAUUUGUUGAAACGACCUUCGGGACAGCUUGUGAGAGUCUACGCUCCAUCAGUAGGCAAUGUGACGGCGAAAUGGAACAAGGAUUCGAAGACCAGUGUUCUACCAGACUACGUGCCCGUAUUCCCUUCGAUCCUGCACGAAGUCGAUAAAAGUUGGACCGUUGAACACACCGACAUAUCUGGUCUCAUUCCCGAGGACGAUAGGUUCCAAGAAACAUCGAAACCAUCCAAAGUAUUCGAGCCGAUUCGGAUGCAUGAGCCAAAUCAGGGCCGCAAAGAUACCCUAUCCACACUCUGUGAUUCGUCACUCGCUCCUGACCCCAACGACAUGCCCGUACCAACUCUUCGUCCUCCCCCAACGAGGGUGGGGACGGACGAUACUUUGGUCGACGCAGCCAUACUGCCCAUAAUUCGACUCAACCAAAAACAUACAGAACGUGCCAUGCCUCCACAUAUCAGUAUCCCACUCCGAAAAGAUAUAUCUAAAUUCUCUCCAUCCACCCCUGUUUCGACUCCCUUGUUAACCCCUCAAUCGGCACUGGCUGGGAUGAUGAUGUCCGCCGUUAACCUUGCUGCUGUUGGUGGAGGUCGUGGCCUCCCGAUGCACACCCCCGUAUCGCCUGAAUCUGCGGGAAAGAAGGUGUUUUAG